AGACCUUUAGUGGAAGGUGUGGAUUUGAGCAGAGACCAUGGCAACCAGCUCCCUACUACUGCUGCUCUUCAUCUUUAAUGGGGCUGAUGGUUCUUAUAUUGUUGGAGGAAGAGAAGCUGCCCCUAAUUCUCGACCGUACAUGGCCUCGCUGCAAGUCCGAGGACGCCACCUCUGUGGGGGGGCCCUGGUGAGAGGGGACUUUGUGCUCACAGCAGCACAUUGUGAGAUACCCAUACCAUAUACAGUCGUGCUUGGAGCUAAUUCCCUGACCGCUAAUGAGCCUACAAAGCAGGAGUUCACUGUAGUUAGAUCCAUUCCACAUCCCAACUAUGAUGGACAUGGUAAUGAUAUUAUGCUUUUAAAGCUCAAUGGAAGUGCACAACUGACGGACUCCGUGCAGCUGAUCUCUCCGAAAAGAGGCAGGCUGAGUACUUCCAGUCAGUGCAUCACAGCUGGCUGGGGGGAUGUAGGGGACAAUGGCACCUUACCGAACAGGCUUCAGGAAGUUAACGUAACCAUCCUGCCACAGCGGGAGUGUAUUAGAAGGUGGAGAACUGUUCCCAUCACCAGGAGCAUGGUUUGUGGCAUUGGAGCCGGUGUCUUUCAAGGCUUCUGCUCGGGGGAUUCAGGUGGUCCGUUGGUGUGUGAUGGAGCUGCAGCAGGCGUCGUCUCCUUCUCUGGUCGGAGAUGCGGAGACCCCAGGACUCCUGAUGUCUACACACGCAUUUCAACCUUCAGGGGUUGGAUAGCAAGAGUGUUAAACAAGAAUUAGGCAAAUUAGGUAUAAUGGUUAUGUGUCAAUAUGCUUGAUGCAAAUGUAAGACAACGCUCUUUAUAAUGAGGUAUCAUGUGCCAUGCAGUGCUGUGGCUGUUGAGAUAGGAUGAUAAAGGAAGUUUUUCCCCCCCA